CGCUGCAGUCACCGCUCGAUGCUCGACUUUGCCGCUACAAUCCUGCCUUGACUCUGCACACACAGAGCACGGCAUCACGACAGAUUCCUCGAUCAAUGCGGGUGCUGCAAAUUCCACUGCAGCCUUCCUCUCCGGUCGCCCACGGCUACCUCGCGGCAUCGCACCACUCCCGCCAGCCGCUAUGCGGUAACAGCGAGGGAUGGGGCCCGAUAAGUCCGGAUCGAUAUGACUUCACGCCGUGCUUUCUCGAUGUCUGGAUAGCCGUGGUAGCCGUAGCGGGCACUCUGGGGGGAGCGGGCGCUGCUUGGUAUCUGUACCAAAAAUGCCCGCCGCAGCCGGUCAAAAAGAAUUGGCAUUUCUAUGCAAAGCUGAUCACGAUAGGAGUGCUUAUCGGCACGACCGCAUUGCAAGCGGCCCUCCAGAUUGAAUACUACAGAGGCAUCUGGGCCGGCGACUUCCGCUUCUGGACCACCAUCGUCACCAUCAUCUCCCUCGGCGCCGUAUUCUUCGUCCAAUAUGCUGAGCAUUGGCGGUCACGUAACGCCAACGGAGUCGUCCUGUUCUACUGGCUCUUCCUCCUCAUUGCGUACGCCGUCAAGCUACGCUCGCUGAUCUCCCAGGACGUACAUCGCGAACAUAUUGCAUACUUCGCAGUUUUCUGCGUCAGUGUUGGGUUGGCGGCUUUAGAGUUUGCCCUGGAAUGGCUGGUGCAGAAGCGCUUGAGCGACUAUGAUGCGCUAGGGGACGACGAUGAGUGCCCAUAUGAAUAUGCGGACAUCUUCUCCGUGUUCACUUUCAGCUGGAUGACACCCAUGAUGAAGCGCGGCUACAAAACCUUCCUCACUCAAGAUGACCUUUGGAACCUCCGGAAGCGGGACACCACCAGAGAAACGGCAGACUUGUUUGAGAAAGCGUGGGACUAUGAGUUGGAGAAGAAACACCCAUCCCUGUGGUUGGCCAUGUUCCGCGCAUUUGGAGGACCGUACUUUAGGGGUGCUGUGAUCAAGACCGGAAGCGACGUCCUAAACUUCGUCCAGCCGCAGCUCCUGAGACUUUUGAUCGCCUUCGUUUACUCGUACCGUACCGACCACCCUCAGCCGGUCGUGCGCGGAGCAGCUAUUGCGAUCGCCAUGUUUGCCGUGUCUGUGUCGCAGACCGCCUUCCUACACCAAUACUUCCAGCGCUCCUUCGAGACCGGAAUGCGCAUCAAGUCUUCACUGACGGCCGCCAUCUAUUCCAAGUCUACACGUUUGUCGAAUGAAGGGAGAGCUUCCAAGACAACCGGCGACAUUGUCAACUACAUGGCCGUGGACACACAGCGACUGCAGGAUCUCGCGCAGUACGGACAGCAGCUCUGGUCAGCUCCCUUUCAGAUCGUUCUCUGCAUGUUAUCGCUAUACCAAUUGCUCGGCUGGAGCAUGUUUGCAGGUGUUGGAGCCAUGCUCAUCAUGAUUCCGGUCAAUGGCUGGAUCGCUCGGCUUAUGAAGAAGCUUCAGAAGCAGCAGAUGAAGAACAAGGAUGCGCGUACAAGGCUCAUGACGGAGAUUCUCAACAACAUGAAGUCCAUCAAGCUAUAUGCUUGGACCACAGCCUUUAUCAACCGGCUCAACCAUAUCCGAAACGAUCAGGAGCUCAAGACACUGCGCAAGAUCGGAGCCACCCAAGCGUUCUCCAACUUCACCUGGUCUACCACUCCUUUCCUCGUUUCUUGCUCCACUUUCGGCCUCUUCGUCCUCACUCAACACAGGGCAUUGACUACCGACAUCGUCUUCCCAGCCCUUACCCUUUUCAACCUGCUGACGUUCCCACUGGCUAUCCUGCCCAUGGUUGUCACCGCCAUCGUGGAAGCCAGUGUCGCCGUCGGACGAAUCACCAGUUAUCUGACUGCCGAAGAACUUCAGACAGACGCUGUCGUUCGCGAGGAGUCGGUUGACGAGAACGGCGAAGAGUCGGUUCGUAUCCGCGAUGCCACUUUCACUUGGAACAAGCACGAGGAGCGUCGAGCUCUGCACGACAUUAACUUCUCGGCGCACAAAGGAGAGCUCGCUUGUAUCGUCGGUCGCGUGGGCGCCGGAAAGUCAUCGUUACUUUCAUCCUUUCUAGGCGACCUUUGGAAGAUCAAGGGCGAAGUUGUCGUCCGAGGGAAGACAGCCUAUGUUCCGCAGUUAGCUUGGGUCAUGAACGCUUCGGUCAGAGAAAACAUUGUGUUCGGGCAUCGCUGGGACCCUCAAUUCUACGAUAAGACUGUCAAAGCUUGUGCGCUACACGAUGACUUCGCGACUCUGCCCGACGGUGACCAGACCGAAGUCGGCGAGCGCGGCAUUUCUCUGUCUGGGGGGCAAAAGGCGCGACUUACUCUAGCUCGAGCAGUGUAUGCUCGUGCUGAUGUCUAUCUCCUCGAUGAUUGCCUCUCCGCCGUUGAUCAGCAUGUCGGCAGGCAUCUGAUAGAUAACGUCCUUGGCCCCAAGGGUCUACUCGCUGGGAAGACAAGGGUGUUGGCGACAAACUCGAUUCCCGUCCUGAUGGAAUCAGACAUGAUAGUCCUCUUGCGUGAGGGUAGAAUUCUGGAGAAGGGCACCUAUGGUCAGCUUAUGGCAAUGAAGGGCGAGAUUGCCAAUUUGAUCAAGGCUUCUCAAAACGAAGACCAAAGUGAGGCAGAGAGCCGAGCCUCGGAAAGCGUCGUUAGCGAGGAAGAGACCGUUUACGGCACGAGCCCCGUUUCCGACGACGAUCAAGAACAAGAAGAAGCCGAAGCCGCACAAGAGAACACUCAUAUGGAGCCUCUUCGUUCCGGCAACGGAACGGCCCGCAAGAACAGCUUCAACACGUUGCGGCGCGCGAGCACGGCCAGUUUCAAAGGGCCGCGGGGUAAACUCCUCGACGAGGAAGCUGGUGGCUUAAAAAGCAAGCAAAAGAAAGAGUUCUCCGAGCAGGGUAAAGUCAAGUGGUCUGUCUACGGGGAAUAUGCAAAGACGAGCAACCUCAUUGCCGUUGCAUUCUAUCUGGCGCUGCUUGUUGGAGCGCAGACCGCCUCGGUGGGCGGGAGUGUGUGGCUCAAGCAGUGGUCCGAAGUCAACCAACGAUACGGCGGUAACCCCCAUGUGGGCAAGUACAUAGGGAUUUACUUCGCUUUUGGGGUUGGAUCUGCUGCUCUCAACGUGGUCCAGACGCUCAUUCUCUGGAUCUUCUGCUCGAUAGAGGCUAGCCGAAAAUUGCACGAGCGAAUGGCAUUCGCAAUCUUCCGGUCCCCCAUGAGUUUCUUCGAGACCACUCCAGCCGGGCGGAUUUUGAAUCGAUUCUCCAGUGAUAUAUACCGAGUAGAUGAGGUGUUAGCCCGAACUUUUAACAUGCUAUUCGUCAACUCCGCUCGAGCCGGCUUCACCCUGGUCAUCGUCUCGGCGUCCACUCCCGUCUUCAUUGCGCUGAUCAUUCCACUCGGUGCGCUUUAUUUGUACAUCCAAAGAUAUUACCUCCGCACAUCGCGGGAGCUGAAGCGGCUCGACAGUAUCAGCCGCAGUCCUAUCUAUGCGCAUUUUCAAGAGUCGCUCAGCGGAAUGAGCACCAUACGCGCGUACAACCAGCAGAAGCGCUUCGAACUUGAAAACGAGUGGCGCGUCGAUGCCAAUUUAAGGGCCUAUUUCCCGUCCAUCAGUGCGAACAGGUGGCUUGCAGUUCGGCUAGAGUUCAUUGGCUCCGUCAUCAUCUUAGCCGCUGCCGGGUUCUCCGUCAUCUCUGUGGCUAGCCAUAGCGGCUUGUCUGCCGGUAUGGUCGGCUUGUCCAUGUCGUAUGCGCUCCAGAUCACUCAGAGUUUGAACUGGAUUGUUCGACAAACUGUUGAUGUGGAGACCAACAUCGUGUCGGUGGAGCGAGUCCUCGAAUACGCCAGUCUACCGAGCGAGGCGCCCGAGAUCAUCUCUAAGAAUAGACCACCGAUCAGCUGGCCGUCUCGGGGAGGUGUCGCAUUCAACAACUACAGCACCCGAUAUCGGCCAGGGUUGGACUUGGUAUUGAAGAACAUCAAUCUUCAGAUCAAGCCUCAUGAGAAGAUCGGUGUGGUCGGUCGCACCGGAGCAGGGAAAAGCUCGCUGACCAUGGCACUGUUCCGGAUCAUCGAGCCUACAGAGGGCUUUGUGAGCAUCGACGACUUGAACACCAGUACCAUCGGGCUGUUAGAUCUACGGAGACGUUUGGCCAUCAUUCCCCAGGACGCCGCGCUGUUCGAAGGCACCGUCCGCGAUAACCUCGAUCCAGGGCAUGUUCAUGAUGAUACGGAGCUCUGGAGUGUUUUGGAACAUGCACGCCUCAAGGAUCACGUCGUGAGUAUGCCAGGGAAGCUCGAUGCUCGCAUCAAUGAAGGCGGGUCUAACCUAAGCGCUGGUCAACGACAGCUAGUCUCGUUGGCGCGAGCUCUGCUCGCACCCAGCAACAUCCUGGUGCUUGAUGAAGCCACUGCCGCUGUGGACGUCGAGACCGAUGCCAUGCUCCAAGCAACCCUGCGCACCAGCAUGUUUCGCAACCGAACCAUUAUUACUAUCGCACACAGGAUCAACACAAUCCUAGACUCGGACCGUAUCAUCGUCCUCGACCACGGCAAUGUGGCAGAAUUCGACACUCCAGCCGAGCUGGUGCGCCGCAGAGGCCUCUUCUACGAGCUUGUCAAAGAAGCAAAUCUCCUCAACUCGCUGGACAUUACACAGACUUGAGUAGAGUGUGGGGGUUGCAAUGCAGAGGCAUUAUUAGUGUAUCGGACCGAUAUGCCCAGGUGGAUGGGAGGAACGGAACCCCCGAUGUGGGGACCGCUGGAAUCAUACGAUGGCGACGGAAGGCUUGCAUGGGGACCAAUGUAGAGCGGGUGCCACAGGGGUUGCCUACCCCGUGAGUAGAUGGAGGUUACACGAGUAUUCGUCUCAGACUCUCUCACCGCCGCUCGGACAAAUUUCACGGAUAGAAUGAUGCGGGAUGGCUGGAUAUCCCGGAUGUGUUCUUCCGAUUGGGACUCAAUGGGAAUCUGUUUUGCAUAUGUGUCUGUCUACUUAGCUACUGCUGUGAUUUCUCUGAUUGUUCUUCUUCUUCUUCUUCUUCUUCUUCUUCUUCUUCUUCUUCUUCUGCUGCUGCUGCUGCUGCACUGCGGGACUGUACGCAGAUUGGAU